AUGCGGAAGGCUCGGAAUGUCUUUGUGCGAUUUUCAGAUGAAGAUGAUUUCUUGAAAUCAUUGUCUCGUGAAAGCUGUGAUAUUGAAGGGGUUGCUUAUAGACCCUUUCAAUGGUCUACUAAUUUUACUGAAGAUGAUGAACCAUCAUUGGUUCCAGUUUGGAUCAUGUUGCCCGGAUUACCUCCGAAUCUUUAUCAAGAAGCGUUCUUGCGGAAUAUAGUUGCACCGAUUGGAAUCUUUUUAAGGAGAGAUAAUGCGACACACUGUGCAACUUGUACCGAUGGUGCAAGGGUGUGUGUUCUAAUGAAUAUCGAUCAUGAGCUGAUUCAUUCCAUUUGGAUUGGGACACCGAGACAUCCUACAAGCAUUUUCCAAGAAAUUGAGUAUGAAACACUGCCUGCAUUUUGUUUCGUGUGCAAGGUGCAAGGGCAUAACGUAAAGACAUGUAAGGCAAACAAGAAAGAAGGAAAGAGCAGCAAGAGUUUGAAGUCCCCUGUUUUGGCAUUGGAAGAUGUUGAGAUUGAGGUGCCGGUCUUGGAUGGUGGCAAGGAUGUAGGGAAGUCGAAGUUGGGGUCUGAGAGUGUUAUAGCAGAAAUGGAGGCCCCCGAGCAGAGGUUGAUCUGUGGAGAGGCUAGUGGGACUUUACCAGCGGAGGAGUUGGUCUUUUUACCAAUAAUAACUCAGGAGCUAUCUGCUGGAGUUGGUGGCCAUUUAGAACCUAGAAGGGAGGAAUUCAUCGAGCCAAUUCCAGUAGUGGAAGUUGCUGUGCAGAAAGACGAUGCUGUAGUGGGUGGCCAAUUAGAACCAAGAAGGGUGGAAUUUAUCGAGACAUCAUCUGUAGCGGAGGAUGCUGUGCAGCUAGAGUCCAGAAUUGACGUGGUGUCAAGCGGGAAUAUCCCAGUAGCAGAAGGAGAGGUGCAGAUAGACACGGUAGAUUUGCAGAUGGAGUCCAAAUCUGAGGAUGAAGGUAAGGAUCAUCACCCAGAACCGUUUAGGGAUGAUUCUCAGUUGAAUUAUUGGAAGAUGUUUCUUGAAUUUGAUGAGUGUCUUUCUAAUGCAAAUCAAGAAGGUAAGCUUUGGUGUUUUUGGAAGGCUGGUUUGAAGGUGGAGGUUAUGGGUGUUUCGGAUCAGCACCUUACUAUGCUUAUUAACUCUAGCUUAUUGAUCUCUUCGGUUUAUGCAAAGUGUCAGUUUUUAGAUCGGAGGCCUUUGUGGUCUAAUUUACUUGGUGUUAAUAAUUUACAGUUUCCUCAUGUGAUUAUUGGGGAUUUUAAUGUCAUUUGUAAUGAUAAUGAAAGAAGAGGGGGAAAUCCUAGGAUGCUUAUUGCAAUGGAGGAUUUUUGUUCCUUUAUUGAUGAUGGCAGAUUUGUUGAGAUGCCUUUCUCAGGCAAUGGCUUUUCUUGGUGCAACGGACGAUUAGGAAUGGCGCGUUCAUGGGCUAGACUGGAUAGAGCUUUAUGUAAUUCUAAGUUUAAGGAUCUUUAUCCGUCGGGUAGAAUUCAAUAUCUUCCUAGGAGGACUUCAGAUCACUCCCCUAUGGUAUUGGGUCACUUGGUUUCAUCUACUAGUUCUUGGCAAGUGGAGGUUAAUGGUACGGGUUUGUGGAAGCUAGCUGCUAAAUUGAAGAGGUUAAAAUUGGUUCUUAAAUCUUGGAACAAGGAUGUGUUUGGCUGGACAGGAAAGCAUAUUAAAGAGUUAGAAGCUAAAGUGGAGGAAGGUGAAUUAAGACUUCAAGAAUGUUACUCAGAGGAUGUAGAAGUUGAUGUUUUAGCGAACAAGGUUGAGCUUGAUGUCUGGUUACAAAGGGAAGAGUCUCGUAUUGCUCAACAAGUUAAAGAAAAGUGGGUAUCGCAAGGUGAGGUUUCGACUGCUUUCUUUAAAGCUUUGCAGAAUAACAAACAUAAUAUGGUAGUAGAAAUGAAGCUCUCUGAUGGCAGAGUGCUUAACUCGCCUGAAGAUAUCCAUGAGGCUGCGUGUGUUUAUUUUGAGGAUUUCCUCAAAGCUAAAGCAACCAGUUCUGUGCCAGAUCUGGUUGGGUUAAUUUCUGAGGAAGUUUCGGAGGAGGAAAAUCAAUUUUUUGGUAGUAUCCCGUCGGUUGGGGAAGUAAAAGAUGCACUUUUUUCUAUUCCGAUGGAUAGUAGUCCAGGGCCGGAUGGAUUUGGCUCGGGUUUUUUUCAGCAUUGUUGGUCCUUGGUGUAUCAAGAUUUAUUGGAAGCAGUUAGUGAUUUUUUUGGCGGGGCUGUCUUACCAAGGUUUUACUCUGCCUCUUUUAUUGUCCUAAUUCCUAAAGUUCAGAAUCCUAUGUCGUUUGGGAAUUUUAGGCCCAUUAGUCUGUGUUCAGUGGAGCUUAUUCAUGAUAUAAACAAGCCUAUUAGAGGAGGUAACAUUAUGAUGAAAAUUGAUUUUGCAAAAGCUUAUGACACUAUUGACUGGGGUUUUUUAAGUCAUAUUUUGAAAGCUUUUGGAUUUUCCCCGAAGGAAGGUCUUCAGUUUCGGAAAUUGUCGAAGUUCUUCGUAUUUAUGCUGAGUGGUCUGGUCAACAGGUGGAAGAUUAGGGAGGGGAACGUGUCGUUCUGGAGAGACAAUUGGCUAAAUUCUGGUCCACUUAUGGAGCAGUAUCAGAUGGUGGGUGAUCCGGAAUUGAAGGUGAAAGAUUGUAUGACUAAUAAUAAUUGGGCUAUGGAGCAACUUGAGCAGCUAGUAGGGUCUGAAAAAAUGGAGGAUAUUGUCAAUGAAGUUAGUAGUAGGAGGAAUGGUAACGAUCAGCUUAUUUGGUUGGAAAAUUCGGAUGGGUCUUUCACGACCAAAACUGCCUGGUCUUUUGUUCGGAUUCGUAAUCCUAAUUGUCAAUGGUCGGAUUGGAUUUGGAAUUCAGCUUUACCUAAGAAGUUUUCUGUGCUUAUGUGGAAGGCCUUAAACUCAUGCCUUGCAGUGGAUGAUCGUAUAAGGAGAAUUGGUGUGCCUUUAGUCUCGAAAUGUGAAUGUUGUAGGGACGGGGCCAUAGAGGAUAUUAAUCAUGUGUUAUAUAGUGGUAAUAUUGCUAAGGCUAUUUGGAAGUUUAGUUCUAAUAUUUUGGGUAUUCCGUUUGUUCCGAAUCGGUCUUGGAGGGCAAUUGUAAAGCCUGAGUACAUAUGUUUGUUACCACG